AUGGAGUCCCAGAAGCAGCAGUCAGCUCAGGGUACCCCCAAGAAUGAAGGCAAAAAGACGAAUCAACAGUUUGUAUCGCAGUCACCGCUACAACUGGACGACUGGCUCGACCCACUUCUAAUGGACGACGACAUUCUCGAGCUCCCACCCAACGACGGGUUCGGGAUGAUUCCAAUGGGCGAUCAGUCCAUUCAAAGCCCAAUGGCUCAACAGGCUGCGGAGAACCCAGUCGAUCAGCAGUCUGCUCAAAACCCGAUCAACUCACAGCCUGCUCAGAACCAGAUUGACGAACAGCCUGCUCAGAAUUUCAUGGCUCAACAGUUUGUUCAGCUGCCGGCGGAAAGCAUUGUCCAGAUGGAUAGAGUCAUGGCCGAUGUCGUCGGUACAAAUCGCCAUGAGGCGUAUUGGUCCAUCCUGGAUGAUAUAUACUACUUCAUCCGAGACCACCGAUGGGCUUCCAUUCCAGAUGUUCGCGGAAACUUUCGCUCCCGACCCUCAAUUGAAGCCUCCUACCGCGCUGUUGGGCCUCCUCCCGCCUACGUACAGCCCAUCUGGCCCGUCUACGAGGCCACGACAUUGGCUGUAGGUAAAGAGGACAUCAGGCAACUGGUCCAAGACAAUAUCCAGUUUGCCUUGGACGCUUUCCGAUGGGCAGUCUUCAUGGACAGAUUUGGCGCUUUGGAGGUCACGUACGCCAAUCUGGGUCAGACACGACCCAUCAUCGCCGGCCUCCACGGAAAGUUGGCCCUCCAUGAGCAGCAGGGAGUUAGUUGGGACACCAGCAAGCACGGUGUUGUUGACCAUUUUCUGGAGACAAUGGUGUUCAAGAACGAGCCUGAGUUCCUCGCCGGCGAAGAGUGGGAGAAGAGACAGAAAUGUCACCAAAUCCGUACCAAGAAUGGCUUCUCACAGGCGUCAUUCGCAGAUGCGCCGAGACUUCCGGAGCAAGAAAAGGUGGAAGUCCUCAAUCUCGUCAUCGAUGCCUUUAACGAGCGAGAUAUCGUCGACAAAGCCAAGCACUCACGAAGGAAUGGGGAACAAGACAAUCAUGUUCUCGUCGAGAAGAGACACAUGUCUCUCUUGAAUAUGGAGUCGACGGGAUGGAAGGCCUUGCGCGCCCUCCGGUUUGUCGCACUCGGGAUGCCAAACGCCGGUGUCUUCAACAUGGACUUCGUAUUCAAGCCGUAUGAUACAUUUAGGGCUCGUCUCCGCGACUUCGAAACCCUAUUUGCAUCCUCAAAAGCGGCCGUAACGAGUACCACAGAGAGCUCCAAGCUCACUCGUUUUGCCGGUAGACCUUCGGCCGAACUUAGUACCAAACGCGUCAACAAGAACGGUGCGGACAGGAAAGCCGUGGAGCUGACUUUCGCCAGCGAGGUGAGGAGAAACAUGGCGGCGGCAGGGCAGCACCAACAUAGUUCAGCGCAAGACGCCGGCGAGCCGAUGCAAGCAGAGAACCCCGAGUCAGAGCUCCCCGAGCCAGAGCUUGAAGUGGACGAGGAGGAGGAUGAAACCGUCUAUGGAGAUGAUGCCCAGGAUGACGUCCUGGCUGCAGCCGAUGGAGCUGCGGUUGAUCCAACCUCUAACCCGACGGCUCGCAAUGCCAAACGGAGGCACAUCUCAGACGAUGAGGAGGAUGCUCUGUCAUUCUAA